AUGAGCGCCGUCGAUGCUUCUCAGCUUACCUUGCCAGUCGAAAUCCUGACUGAAGUUUUUCAGCAAUACUUCGCCUUCCGGAACGAAGAGAUGAAGGCAGUUCAUGACCUGGAUCUAAAAAUCGCUCAUGGCAGUGGAAGUAGCGAAGAACAGCAGAAAGUCAAGCAGUUUAUCGCUCCGGAAUGGGAGGCUCUACCGUUAUUGCUCAGCUGCAAGCAUUUGUGCGGAAUAGCUAUCCCGGAGCUCUACAAGGAUAUAUCCAUCGGCCGGCGAACCUAUUUACGCAGACUGAUGAGAUGUCCUCACCCGGACUCUUACCAUCUUAUCAAGACGCUUGACAUCACCCAUUAUAAAGACGAACACUUCGAAGAGCUGGAAGACGAUGUCGAUGACAGGAUCUUCCAGUCCAUAGGUUUAGCAUAUGCAGAUCACGGAAGGAAUACGAACUGGACGUCAUCGCUUGACGCAGUGUGCGGAUUCAGGGAGGGCUGGGUGUCCAACCGCAAACCCCAGCUCAAAAUCCUGAAAGGGUCGGGGGUUCACGGACAUGUAGUAGCCUGUCUGCUGAAAUUUUUCAAUGCGGAACAGGUCGCGCUGUAUGGUUUCGCGAUGGGAAGGACUUUGUCUCCUCGAAACCAUCGUGCAAACAAACAUCUUCCCGAACCGUUCAUCUUCAACAGCCCAGCGCAUCUAAUUUUACACGUUGAUGGCAACUUCGACUUUGAGGUUCCGGAGCUAUUGUCAUUGGCCGAGGGGCACUGCUGGCAGGUCAACGCCAUUACCAUCACGCUAGGUUGGCGCAACCACUAUGAUGAACACCCUCUCUCCAUUGAGGUACAGCAAUUGGGCGAUCACUCUUACUGCUUUCCGACAACCAAGCCAUGGAAUAUACACGGAGGACCGGAGGUCAUCAACUGCAUCACCUUCAAGUCAUCCUGUACUUGUGGUCGAGGUGAUUCUACCGGCUUAUGGCAGGCGAUAGAGGAGGGGAUCUACCAAUGGAAGCUGGACUGUGGUUACUGGUAG